AACGCUGGCGAUGACUACAGGUUCCGGCAUCCUUUGCGCCAGCAGCGCUGCCCCUGCAGGGCGGCCCCGUGGCUUCGCGUCAGCGUUGCGCAGGCUGGGUUUGAACCGAAAGCGGAGUGACCUUCCCGGGGUAGGAGCAGAGAGGAGGCAGCUGGGGAGACCGAGGCAGCAGACCAAUGUCCAGUCCAGCACUCCAGUCCACAACUCUCACUACAGAUAUGAACAACCUACCGGGAGAUGAAAUUGGGAAGCUGUUUGUGGGAGGAUUAGACUGGAGUACGACCCAAGAGACUUUACGAAAUUACUUUUCCCAAUAUGGGGAGGUUGUGGACUGUGUCAUUAUGAAGGACAAAAGCACAAAUCAGUCCAGGGGCUUUGGCUUUGUAAAGUUCAAAGAUCCAAACUGUGUACGAACUGUACUGGACACCAAGCCUCAUAACCUCGAUGGUAGAAAUAUUGAUCCUAAGCCAUGUACUCCAAGAGGAAUGCAGCCAGAGAAGACAAGAGCAAAAGAUGGCUGGAAAGGAGGAAAAAGUGACAGCAAUAAAUCCAAGAAGAUAUUUGUUGGUGGAAUUCCACACAACUGCGGUGAACCUGAACUCAGGGACUAUUUUAACAGAUUCGGAGUGGUCACAGAGGUGGUAAUGAUCUAUGAUGCAGAGAAACAGAGACCCCGAGGUUUUGGAUUUAUUACUUUCGAGGCCGAACAAUCAGUGGACCAGGCUGUCAACAUGCAUUUUCACGACAUCAUGGGCAAAAAAGUUGAAGUGAAGAAGGCUGAGCCCCGGGACAACAAAGCUCCUGGCCCUGGGCAGCUGGGAGCCAAUCAGUGGGGACCCAGAGCCAUCUUAAGUGCAGCUAAUGGCUGGGCUGCGCAGCCUGCUCAGAGCUGGCAGCAGAGCUAUGGCCCUCAGGGUGUUUGGGUGUCCACAGGGCAACCGUUAGGGGGAUAUGGUCCUCCUUUGCCUGCAGGCAGAGGUGCUGCCCAACCUCCUUCACCCUUUAAUGCUUUCCUAGUCACAGCACCUCCACCAGGAGGAUUUGGGGCACCUCAGGGAUAUCCACAGCAGGGCUACAGCACACCACCUCAAUUUGGGUAUAGUUUUGCCACGCCACAAGGUGACCAGUUUGUACCCCAAGGAAUGCCUCCACCACCUACUACUCCUGGAGCUGGCCCUUUGGGCUUUGCCCCUGCUACCACCCCUACUCAGGACAUGAGCAAAGCCCCACCAGCACAGCCUGACUUCUCUUAUAGCCAGUACGGCUUGGGUAACUAUCCUCAGGACCCCUCUGCCUACGGACCAACGCGUCCUUCUCACACUUAUGGUCAGGAUGAGCAGGGAUAUAGUGCAGGUUAUGGGCAGGAUCUGAGUGGCUUUGGACAUAGCUUUGCCGACCCUAGCCAGCAGACUGCCUCAUACGGUGCCCCCGCACAGCCUACAUCAGCACCGCAGCCAACAGCGAGUACUUUUGGUCGUGGGCAAAACCACAACGUCCAGGGCUUCCAUCCUUAUCGACGCUGACCAUUCCCAUCUGACUUCCUCAAUGCAAUACAAACCGUCAGGGAAUCGAUGUUCUGAUCACAAAUGCCACUGGAUUGUGAGCUUGAUGAACAUUUCUAAAUGUAACUGGAGGGUGUAUGUGGUUGUGUGUGUGU